ACGACCGGACAGGACAGGACAGGAGCGGAGCUGUCGGUCGGCAGACAGACAGACAGACAGUGCGGGUGGAUGCCAGGCGGUUCGCCCAGGAGGUGCGGCUUUCUGUGACUCCCGCUGCCGGGGCCUGGAGUUGGUCAGCGGGCGAGAGCCGGAGCGGAGGCGCGGGAUCGGCAGCGAGCGGCAGCGGACGGGCGGAGAGCGACAUGGCGGAGCUGAGGCGCAGGGCCCGCGAUGAUUCGCAGGAUCUGCUGGAACCAGAUGCGGGGCCAAUCACAAGUGAAGUGACAACGGAAUCGGGGAGUUCGGACAUUCCUCCUUCUGUUGAUAACACUCCAGAGGUGCUGAACAAGGCUCUAUCAGGACUGUCUUCAAGAUGGAAGAAUUGGUGGGUGCGAGGAAUUCUGACACUGGCCAUGAUUACGUUCUUUUUCGUCAUCAUCUAUCUAGGACCCAUGGUUUUGAUGAUGAUCGUUCUAUGUGUACAGAUCAAAUGCUUUCACGAGAUUAUUCUCAUUGGUUACAGCGUUUAUCGCUCCUACGAUCUGCCAUGGUUCCGGACUCUUAGCUGGUAUUUCUUAUUAUGUGCAAACUACUUCUUCUAUGGAGAGACGGUAACAGACACGUUCUUCGCAUUGGUUCAGAGGGAGGAACCUCUCCGGAUCCUGAGCAAAUACCAUCGCUUCAUUUCCUUUGCUCUUUACUUGGCAGGAUUCUGCCUGUUUGUCCUGAGUCUUGUGAAGAAGCACUACCGACUGCAGUUCUACAUGUUUGGGUGGACUCAUGUGACUUUGCUAAUAGUCGUGACUCAGUCCCACCUCAUCAUCCACAACCUCUUUGAAGGAAUGAUUUGGUUCAUUGUGCCGAUUUCUUGUGUGAUCUGCAAUGACAUCAUGGCUUACAUGUUUGGAUUCUUUUUUGGCCGGACUCCACUCAUCAAGCUGUCUCCCAAGAAGACCUGGGAAGGAUUUAUCGGAGGAUUCUUUGCAACCGUCGUGUUUGGACUUUUGCUGUCCUACGUGAUGGCAGGGUACAAUUUCUUUGUCUGUCCUGUGGAGUUCAACAAUGAGGCCAACAGUUUCACCGUGGAAUGUGAACCAUCAGAGCUGUUCCUCCUGCAAGAUUACACAAUCCCAACUGUUCUUCAGUCCGUUAUAGGCUGGCGGUCGAUCAAGAUGUACCCUUUCCAGAUUCACAGCAUUGCCCUUUCUAGUUUUGCAUCACUAAUCAGCCCAUUUGGAGGAUUCUUUGCCAGCGGCUUCAAGAGAGCAUUUAAGAUCAAGGAUUUUGCUGACACCAUUCCCGGGCAUGGUGGAAUUAUGGACCGCUUUGAUUGUCAGUAUCUCAUGGCGACUUUUGUUAAUGUCUACAUUGCCAGCUUCAUAAGGGGGCCGAAUCCUAGUAAACUGCUGCAGCAGUUACUGGCACUUCGCUUGGACCAACAGUUGCAGAUAUUCAAGAGCCUGAAAGCCAAUCUGCUCCAGAAGGGUGUGCUGCCUGCAGGGGCGUAGGACCGGGAGAAUCACUGAAGUGGUUGCCGUAUAAAGCCUCAGGAAAGAGUCCAGCCAGUGACCUUUCUCUCAAACGCAGUGCGUCCAAAUUACCCUACCAGGAAUUUCCACAUGUAAUCGAGAGUUCCAUGCUCCUUGUGUAGCUAGAGCUGUGCAUUCUUUAUUGUUAUCUGGUUGAUGGGAUUAAUAGGUAGCAAUAUGUUUAAUCAUGGGAUCACAGCUCAUUAGUAGGCACAUUAAUGAUGGCCACUGACCCGUGAUUAAUCAUCAAAACGACACACGGAGGUUUUUUUUUGUUUUAAAUGACUCGCCAUUGCUGUUUACAGUGAAAGAUCGGGAGGCUGGCACUGAGCUCUGUAUAAAUCAUGGACUCUGCUCCAGUUGAAUCCCAAUCUGAGCCUGUCCUGCACCAGUGCAGGAGUCUCGCGUUACAAGUCCAACUGAUUGUCCAUGAUUUAUUUGUUGCUCAGCUCUAAUGUACGCUUUAGGGUGGAGUAGAUGUAGUAUUCAGUCUAGCCUUGACCAUGUAGUUUGUGAAGAACCUGCUGUUUUACAUUUGCAUUCAUAGGGUUUCUUGAGCCACCUGAAGGAGCUUAGAAUAUGAUGUUUACACUGGCUGUCUCGUAGGAUGUAGAGGAAAGUCUAGUAGAAACACGUCGCACUUGCACGCUGGAGAGUUUGCAGUGAGGUGUCGGGAACAGAUUUAAGUGAGGAGCAAUAUUCUCCAUUUAUUGUCGAUUUAUUGCAAACUAUCCAGCUUGCAACGUGAAUGGUAUCAUAAACCUGCUCAAAACAUUGCCUUUCUUUUGAAGUGUUCAUGGGUGAAGUGGUCCUUUUGAGACGAGCAUCUCCAUUUUAUCAGAUCCUGGCGACCCCAUCACUUAGUAAGGAAAGUGUUAGCUUUUACAAUUAUAUUUAAUCAAAAAAAAAAUCUGUGCACUCAAGUAUUAUUUAGAUAUUAACCUGUAAUAUUAGCUGUUUUCUUGUGAGGCCUUUCAACAAAAUCGCUGCAUUGUGAUUUCACGCCACUUCAUGUCAAUAAUUUAUUCGGGGAGUAUAGUUUCAAAGAUUGCACUUGACCUCUGGUGUCUGAACCAGAUGAUUGCUCUUCACGUAGAUGCCAUUUACAACCUGUUCAGCUAUGUGGGAAAUCACUAUGAAGCUUGCUGUUUUUAUUCUCUGUUUCCCCCCCCACCCACACUCACUUCUCAUCAUUCCUCGUCCCCCUCAUCCACCCCCACCUCACUUGCCCAAAUGACCAUUCAGGCACCAGGUAACAAACAGAUGACCCAGUUGAUUUACCUUUGUUCCAACCAAGAAAACGCAGGGUUAACCAUACAGCCUCUGUGAGAUCGAUCUUGUCAGUUCGGUGUAGGUAGCUUGUAUCUGAGAUGGGGAUGGGACGAUGAUGGGAGUGAAGGUCAGGUGCAUGACUAAACCGGGUCGCCUUCUGCUUGCUGAUACACACGACAGCGAAAGCUAACUGUGGGGAAGGGAGUGACGGCCAUUUCUCAGGAGCGCCUGAGGACUACAUCGUGCCAAAGGGCUGUUGUGGAAGAUUCCACUUGACAAACAUGACUGUGGAAUAUAAUGUUACUCGUUGACUCUGGUAUGAACCUGAGGGAUGCCAGAAGGCUCAAUAAUUCAGGGAGAAUGAACAGAUGAUUAUUUUUGUGCAAAUUAUUAUUUUAUCAAUAUUUCAACAAAACCUAAGAAGUAAAGAUUUUCCGAACCCAAGCCUUUUGGUUUUCUGUGUGUUUAAGAAGGAACUGCAGAUGCUGGAAAAUCGAAGGUACACAAAAAAGCUGGAGAAACUCAGCGGGUGCAGCAGCAUCUAUGGAGCGAAGGAAAUAGGCAACGCCUAUUUCCUUCGCUCCAUAGAUGCUGCUGGACCCGCUGAGUUUCUCCAGCUUUUUGGUGUACCUUUUGGUUUUCUGUCCUGUUAAUGUAUACAUUGAAUUCCCCACCGAAGUUUUAAAAUACACCAAACAUUUGUCAAUAGCCAAUAUUCAGUAUCACCCAAAGUGACCGGAAAUAAUUAGUAGUUGACGCUCUAAAGAUUUUACAGAGAACUAUUGUGUUGACAAUCCUUAUAUAAAUUGUGGAGAUGAUACAUCUCUAUGAUUAAUUGUAGACAUCUUCGGAGUGAACAUUGACCUGCUGUGAAAUGUACUUCACCAUGCAGUUCAUGCAUUGUACUAUUUUUAAUUGUUAAGGGAGGGAGACCAGUUUGAGUGGACAAAUGCUGUGCCACUAAUUACCAUCUGCUUGUUUUAUUUCCCCUCUUGUUAGCCUUCAUUCCAGUAUUAUUAGUUGUCCGGCUGCACAGAGUGUAGAAUGGAACAGGGUGAGAGGGAGAGUGAGAGCGAGAGAGAGGACUGUGUUGAGAAAUAUUGUGAAUUACUGAGCACAAUUGUUAAAGAUCCCCACAUACUGAACCUGCGGUGCGAUCUUCCAUCAAUGUUUCUUCCUAUGUGGUGGGUCAAAGAGAGAUAGUUUACUACCAAGUGUGGAUUUAGGACAAUAAUAAUGAUGGGAUAGGAAUGAGAAGAACUCAGGAAUUGUCUCAGUCUGGUCUGUUUUUACUGAGAAACUGUUUUCUAAUUUCUUUCAAAUCAUUUGAGUAAGUUCACUGGGAAAGAUAGCCACUAGCUUCAUUGAUCUGGAUAGGUCCUACUUAGGCUGCUGCGCUUGGAACAGCAUAAAUUACUUUGAACCAUUAUAAUAUUCUUGAGAUCGCCAACCUAGAAAAUUCCCGUUGUUUUUUGACAUUUGCUGGAAUUGCACACUGAAGCCCAAUUUAUUUCUCUACAUGGGAGUGGGGGCCAGAGAAUAGGAGUAGAUUUGGUCAUGUACCAGCAUCACCUGCGGUGAUCUGACGAAAGUUCUACGAAUUUCAGCAUCUUAGCUAUGAUUUCUCCUUAAAGCAAGACUGAUGAUUGAAUAAUGUAAUCUGUGCCACACCGAAUCCUUUUGCAGCCACACGUAUGUUGCAAUAACCUUCCUUUGAAAUAUUUUAUCUCUCAUUAUUGGUCUGUGAACAUAACGGCAGAAUUUCUGCAAUACAUGAAUGCAUAAAAUGUUGAUAGUCUGUAACUUUGAUAUACUGUGAAUUAAUAAUAUUUCUACUGUUUACUUUUCUGAUUGAAUAUUGCUAGAGGGUACGCAGUUAUUGCAAAGGUUUGUGCUUAAUUUAUGAGCAGAAGCCUGUGAAGUUGUGGCAUCUAUUAAAUAUUUUGAACAAACCAGAAAAUAUUUUGAACAAACUUUGCGAAGGAAUCAGGUUUUUAAAACAUCAGCUGAAGAAUCAGUGUGGUAUAAAAUGAGUCAACUUUUUUUGUCAGCUUGAUGAAGGAUAUUACAAUUAUUUUUUCCUCUGUUAUAAAAAUGUAUCCUUUUAAAAUAUAUUCCUAUUACAUUUAAAUUGAAGUUUUUGUUGAUUCAGACUUAUAACCUAUAGCUCUGCAAACUAUAUACCGUACACGCUGUCUUCAAUUAAUAUUUUGUGUAUUUAAGUUCAUAAAAGGAAUAUCUGGGACAUGAUUCUAUCUCAGGCUCAAUAAUGUUCUGAAAAGCAGUCUGCUACCUUUCCAUGAGUGUCAAUCUGAACAGCAUCAAUGAUCUUCCGAAAAUGAACAAGUGCUAAAUGUGCCUCUCCCACACAGGGCUGUCAAUGUAGGAUGUUUAUCAAAGUGAUACACAAACCGUUUGAAAUAAUGACAAUCCCUUAAAUAUCUUAAAUAUCCUCUCUUGCAGUGUGCCCUAAUAUUAUUGAGCAAUUUAAGUUUGUUUGAAUGGAGUAUAUAUUUUGCCAAAGUAUCCCUUAGUCUUUGAUAAUAGUGCACAAAUACUUAAUACAUGGCAUGAAAUUGCUGUCCACUGGCAUAAAAUACAUGUACCAAAUACAUGCCUUGGUAGGACAGCUGAGAAGAUUCAAAACAUGGAUCAGAAACUGAAAAAUGGUAGUUGGGAGAGAUUUGGUUGCAAGCUUAAUUAUGGGGUUGCAGAGGUACAAGAAUUUGAUGAUGUUUCUCCGAGCCUCGAGCAAGUGACCUAGAAGUGGACUAAGUGUUGUGAUUACUCUGGAGAGAUAUUGAAGUAAAUCAUGCAGGGGAUAUGCACGAGUUGCACACUGGCCUGUGGUAAAUAUAGGUGAUGUGCAAGUCAACACUACACCCAAAACACUUCAGCUUCCACACUGCAAUCUGUGGUGCCUGCAGAAAUGUUAUUUCCUCCCUCUUGGUAUGAGAGAUUCUAAUGAGAAUCAGGAAGCAGUCAUGAAUGUCUUUUUUAAUUCACAGAGGAUAUUUCAAAACAAAAACAACAUCUAACAAAGGUGUUGGGUGUGAGGGUGCUUGCAAGAACUAUAUUAAUUUUGAGUUUAGUCACGCAAAGUGUCUUGUGGAAGCUAUGAAACAUGUUUUUAUUCUUUAAACAUUGUCCAUGCACUGUUGUACAGUAUCUUUAGAUGAACAACUUGUGAGGAAAUGCUGUGUCUGAUCUCAGAGAGGUUCGUCUUUCUGCCCCUUGCCUUGAUUCAGUAGUGUAAAGUAGAGCCAGCCAAUACUCUUUACAUUUUUACACUCUACUGAUGUAUAUGUUUUUUUUUUUUUACAUAUCCAAAAUCUGAGUCUGUUGAUCGAUAGAUGUAUUAACAUGAAUACAGAAUGCAGUUUGCUAUAUUUUUAAAUAAAUUAGUUAAAUAUGCUGCAGUAGCUCAAAAAUCUGUUAACAAAUGUGAUAAAUAUGUAAAGUGACAUUUCAAUGCCUGGAGUAGUGGGACAGUAUUUGCAGCUGGUGGAGGUAUUGUAUAGAGCUGAUGCAUAGUGAGAUGGUAUCAUGCCCACACAAUGGAAGGGACAGCAAACAUGGGAUUAUAUAGCAGGACACAAAGUGCUGCAGUAACUCAGUGGGUCAGACGGAAUCCCUAAAGAAUGUGGAUAGGAUACGUUUUGAGCCUGAACCCAUCUUCAGUCUGUCCCAAAAUGUCACCUAUCCAUGUUCUCCAAGAAUGCUGACUGACCCACUGAGUUACCCCAGCACUUUGUGUCCUUUUUAGUAAACCUGCAUCAACAGUACCUUGUUUGUACAUGAGAUAUAGUAGUACAGCUCUGAUGCAAUAUGAAGGCUGCCUAAUGCUUUGUUGAGGGAAUCAUUGCUUUUCUUUGAUAGUGCCCUGUGAGUGCAUCCACUGUAUAGAUUUCACAGCUUUGACUACCAAGCUUGUAGAAUGAAAACCCCCGUUUCCAAAUAAGUUGAAUGCUUCGAGCUGAGAUCCAAAAUAGUAAUGUUGAUGCUGAUUUUGUUUACAACUUGAAAAUUUCCUGAGGAUAUUUUUCGGAUAGGAUUUCUCUUGCUUUACCUGCUGAGGCUGAUGCCUCCGAAUUCAAGUGUGGCUUUCCAGCUGAAUACAAUGAAGUGAAACGCUACUCUUUGCUCCCUCUUUAGGGAAUCACAUUUUGCCAGGGCACAGAUUGGGAAUUGAAGCAGGGAAUCAUACCAUGGCUUUACACAUUAUCGGAUACUAAAUGCAACAAUGUUGUCAAAUUAGAUAUCCACUUUUAAUUACACUCAAGCGCUAACAAUUGUUGCAUUAAUCAAAUAUGCUAUUGCAAUAAAUUUAUUGGUGGAAUGGCUCGAUAUACAAAAAGGCAUCAUGUAUAAUUUGCACUCUACUUUCCUCACAGUAAAGUCAGUGACCUGGGUACAAAGGGCAUUAGAAGGGCUGCAACACAAAUGAAAGUGUGAGUUGUGUAGACCGAGCGAUGUAUGGUGUGAAGUGUGGAGCUGUAGAUGUCAGAGCAGGUGAAUGAGGGUCAUCUUCCACUUUGGAUGAAUGAUUUAUUUUCAACCAUCAAGCCAAAAAAAUUCUAAUAUGAGAUGUGAGUUCUUCCACUUGCCCAGUGAUCUUAACAGUUCUGCAUAAAAGAAGGAAGCUGCUCCUAACUUUGAAGCCUCUUGAAGACUAGACACAGCAUUCCCUUUGGAUUAGAUUGCAGCACGGACUAAUGCACACAUUUAGUUAGGUAAUGCGCUUGAGUAAAUUGCUUAUUUUCUUAAUGCUAAAUAUUUGUCUGUGUGAAGUAUAAAAUAUUCAGUUCAAGUGAAACCUGCCAUGUGUUACUGUACAUGUCUGUAUUUGUAUUGAACAUUUCAACACAUGUGUUCAUAUGUGUGCGUGUAUGCAUAUAUAGUAUAGAUGCGCUAACACACACGUGUAUGUGUAUAUUUGAUGUUGUUAAAGAGUACACAUUAUUUAUAUAUGUUCGAAAUAAAAAAAUCCUAUUAAAUGACAAA